AUGGAUGAUAACCCAACUCUCUACGAAUGCCACACCGGUAUGCUCGAUCCGAGGCCUCGAGAUGAUCGCGCGUCGGCAAUGUUUGGGCGCAAUGCUACUAUGUCACCACUACUAUGUCUUCCCGCUGAGCUCCGAAACCGAGUCUUUGCUUACAUCCUGGGUGGAUACGAGUUCAAACUCCAGGGAGGGUGGAACGGACGUUGCCAGGCAAGACACAUACUUUCAGAUGUUGGCGGACAUGGCAUACUUGGGCUGCUUCGCACCUGUCGCCAGAUCUAUGCAGAAACCCGGAUGCUCCCAUUCGCACUCAACACCUUCAGCUGCGACGAUUAUCCCACUGUCGAACGAUGGGUACGAAGAAUACCGGUGCAGAUGCGUACUGUCCGGUUUCUCAAGGUGUCGUGGAUUAUCUCUCCGACUUCCAACGAUAAUCGAUACAGACGCGAGACUUGUGGGAAGCGUUUCGACAGUCAUUACAUACUGUCCCAGCUUGAGGGAGUCAUCAAGGCAGAGGUGGAGCUACGCAACGACGGGUUUGAGAACAAAGCUACACCAUCGAUGAAGCAAUGCCUCUCUGAAGCGUCACUCUUGAGCAUGUUUCCUGAAGUGGAGUUUGUCUUUACCUGCAUCGAAUAG